AUGCCGGGCCCAAAACUGUCUCUGCUCAAGCAUAAGCUCCUGCUCGCAGACCCGACCUUCCACCGACCAGGCCGAAUCGACGUCGUGAUAGGAGCAGACAUCUACCACCGCAUCAUCAGAACCGGCACGAGGAGAUUCGGACAGCUUGUCGCCCAGAACACGUCGUUCAGCUGGACCGUGAUGGGCUCCGCUCACUCCAAACAAGCAAGUGACGUCCGUCAAAGCAUCCAGACCCACGCCGUCUCCGCUCGCGCCACGAGCGAUCUGAGUCACGAAGAACUGCUCACACUGAUCCAGCGUUUCUGGGCUCUCGAGGAAGUGCCGGUCGCGAGGAGGAUCUCCACGGCUGACCAAGAGUGCGAAGCGAUCUACGCGCGAGGCAAUCGUCGCGAGACAAGCGGACGAUACGUCGUUCGGCUGCCGCUGAAGCGCGAACACGCCGCCUUGCUCGCUGACAGUCUACUCCACGCCCGCUCCGCCCUCUUCUCUAUGCAGAGGCGAAUGCUCGCCGACCAAACGCUGCGCGAGAGUUACCAGGAGUUCAUGGAGGAGUACGUUCGACUGGACCACAUGAGAUUACUCUCGGAGUCGGAAGUUCAGGAGAACAGAAGCACCGUCUACUACGUGCCGCACCACGGCAUCUGGCAGCGCAGCGACAGCGGCCCUAAGCUCAGGGUCGUCUUCAACGCCUCUCGAGCCACCUCUUCCGGAAUCAGCCUCAUAGACACCCUCCAUGCCGGCCCAAAACUACAAGAGCACAUCUCCACCAUACUAACCCGCUGGAGGAGGCACCGAUACGUCUUCUGCGCAGACGUGCAGAAGAUGUUCCGUCAAGUACUCAUAGACGACCGAGACAUCUACCUUCAGCGCAUCGUCUGGAGCCCCACCGCCUGCCUGCCGCUGCAGCACUACGCCCUACGCACGGUCACCUACGGCACCGCUUGCGCACCCUACUUGGCCUUGCGCACGAUGAAACAGCUAAGCGACGACGAGGGCGAAAAGUUCCCGCUCGCACGAGAGGUUUUACAGCAAGACCUGUACAUAGACGAUUUCCUGAGCGGCGGCCAUGAUCUAGACACCACCAGGAAUAUCAGAGACCAACUCAUCGGCCUCCUCGCUGCGGGUGGGUUCCACCUGCGCAAAUGGGUAGCCAACGACCCUGCUCUCCUCGAGGAGAUCCCCCCCGAUGAUCGACUCCGGCCCAGCUGA